AUGCUGUCGAUCCGAAUCCGCUCCGGCUACUACACGACCGAAGAAGCCAAGCGCGUACGUUCCAUCGCAAACCUCAUGGUCGUAUACCCGCUCGUCUACGUCGUAUGCACUAUUCCCCUAGCCUCCGCCCGAAUGGCGUCCAUGUCCGGCAACCCACCCUCGCUUGCUCGCCUCUGCUUAUCAGGAGCAAUGAUCACAUCAAACGGUUGGCUAGAUGUACUUCUAUACGCAUGCACCCGACGCAUCAUGAUAUUCUCCGAUGAGCCACCCUCUGACGACGACGUCAUGGACACCUUCGCUGCAUUCUGGAUCGAGAAGCCCAAGCGCUUUGGAGGCGAAUGCACAAUCGAAGCGACGAACGCACAUACAAGGAGAGGACGAUCGAAGAGUAGGAUUACGUUACCAUCAGGAAGUGAAAGCUCAGACGAUCUCUGUGGGUUCGGUACAAAAGACAUCAAGCUGGUCACUACAACAAAGGUCAUAAGCGAGCCGGCACAGCCGGAGGACUUUGAAGAGAUGGAUGCCGAGGCACGUAUCACACGACCUCGUACACCGACAGGAAGAUGGAGCGAGGAGACGACAGAUACGGACAGAAGUCGCAAUCUGAGUUUGAAGGAACAAGCGAUACCUCACAUCGCACCUUGA